AUGUCCGGACGCGGCAAGCAGGGCGGCAAGGCGCGCGCCAAGGCCAAGACGCGCUCGUCUCGCGCCGGGCUGCAGUUCCCGGUGGGCCGGGUGCACCGCCUGCUGCGCAAGGGCAACUACGCCGAGCGGGUCGGGGCCGGCGCGCCGGUCUACCUGGCGGCGGUGCUGGAGUACCUGACGGCCGAGAUCCUGGAGCUGGCGGGCAACGCGGCCCGCGACAACAAGAAGACGCGCAUCAUCCCGCGCCACCUGCAGCUGGCCAUCCGCAACGACGAGGAGCUCAACAAGCUGCUGGGCCGCGUGACCAUCGCGCAGGGCGGUGUCCUGCCCAACAUCCAGGCCGUGCUGCUGCCCAAGAAGACCGAGAGCCACCACAAGGCCAAGGGAAAGUGAAGCCCAGCUUCCCGCUAGCCUUCCUAAAACCAAAGGCUCUUUUCAGAGCCACCUACAACUUUCCGUAAAGAACUGAAUGCUGAGUCAACCAUGUAUAUAUGUAAAUGUAUACAUAUGUAUAUAUUACUUUGCAUUUCGCAUUUGAAUCUCGUGAGUCUGCCCGGUGUUAUCAUGAUUAGUUUCUUGGUUCCGACACCCUUGACCCACAUGUCUCACCCUCUGGAAGAGGACUGGAGUGAAGUGGUAAUUUCAGGGCUAAACGUAACGGUUUUAAGUACUUGCUUACUGCAUUCUCGCAAAUACGUCUUAAACAUUUACUGUUUGACAUUGCAAACGUAAGGACGAAUUUGGACAGUUACUUGCUUGUGCAGUCCCCUUGUUAAGUUGUGGGUCUUAACCUAUACAAGUUGAGAUGGUCUUUUUAAAAAAUCCCUUGAACUAGGUCUCAAAUGUUUUAUAUAAAGUAAUAGAUGUUUUACUAAUGUAAGGGAAUUACAUUUUUAAAAUAGAAUUAUACUGCAGUGGAAUUGUCUGAAAGUGAAAAUGGGCUCGUGAAGCAAUGUUUAUCUGAAAUUAUUGGGCCUUAAAAUCUUAAUAUACAAGACGUUUCAUUUUUUAAAAAUUGAAGGCUUGUAUAUUGAGACGGGUAUAGAACUUCAGUGGUUAACAAUGGUAGCCAAAAUGCUGAUUGUCACUGGAAAAUUCGAAGUUGGAAGUCCGAAGAACUGCUUUAUCUAUACAAUACACACUGAAUUUCAAGGAUUAGUGCCCAAAAGUAAAACAUGAUAAUUUUUAUGCUAAUGAUAUACUGAAAUAAUGCGGACAUAUUGGGUUAUAAAAGUAUUGAAAUUUCUCCUGGUUUUAAUUUGUUGUAAUUUGACUCCUAGAAACGUCUAAAUUACAUCACUUGCAUUUAUUUCCACUGGAAAUAGCUGGUAUGAAGCAAACAAUAAAAAUAGGAAAAAAAAAUAGAUCAUAUCAAAGUGUUUAGAGAAUAGAGAACUUCUCUAGGCCUGACCAAUCGGGUCAUCGUUGGGUGUCUGGCUUCCUUUUGUCCAAUCAGCUUCAGACUCCGACUAUAAGUGAGAGGCCGGUUUUCUCUCUAC